GCUUUAAUGGACAUGGUUGUCUCAAAUCUGCAACAACAACGCGCCGUAACCGAGCAGCUUAGGCGCGAGGCUGCCAUCAAACGUUUGCCAGUGUCUGUCGCAGUGGCCGAUAUUAUCAAGUACAUAACUGAACACGAGCAAGAUGAUUGUCUCCUUGUUGGAUUUUCGAGCCAACGGGUCAACCCCUUCAGGGAGAAGGCCCCCUGUACCCUGUUAUAGAUGGGGCGAAUGUGAAUGUUUAUAAGUGUAAGAGCUUUUUUUCUCUAAGUAAGUCUUCUUGUACUGCUAUGUAAUCUAAGUUUGUAAUCUGCUCCACUAAUAAAUUAUUGUAAAGAU